AUGAAUCAUCCGGCGGCAAUCAUCCCUGCGGCUGCAAUUAAUCCUCCGGCGGCUGAUCUCAACAUGCAGGCUGAGGUGGGGCUGGGCGGCGUCGGCUCCAAUGGUGACGGCGGCUCUCCGGCGGCCGACCUGCAGGCUGAGGUGGGGACUGGCGGCGUCGGCCCCAAUCCCCUACCUGCGGCGGCUGGUGACGGCGGCUCUCCGGCAGCCUUCAACCCUGCGGCGGCCGACGACCCCGCAGCGGCCAACAUCCCCGCGGCUGCAAGCAACAACCCCCCACCGGCGGCCCCCAACCCCGUGGCGCUCGGGAUUGGGGCCGUCCUCAACCUGCCAGCUGAAGUGGUGCUUGGCGGAAGCGACCCCAAAGCCGACCCGGCGGCUGAUGUGGCAUCUGCCGGCUGCAACCCCAGUCCCGUGGCUGCCGCACCGGCUGACGUGGCGGCCGUCGACGGCGCUCCCCCGGCAGACGAGGAGCUAGGCGGCGGCGAGCUCAAUCUGAAGGAGGCCGAGGACGAAGAAUGA